GCCAGAGGAGGCUCCAGGCUGGCCCAAGACUGGAGCUUCAGGGAUCAGUGGCUCCCAGGGGAGGCCCCUGCAGCCCCUGCUGUGUCGCUGGCUUCCUCUCCACACGCCUCUUGUCCCGGGCCUGAGUGCAUCCUGUCUGUGAUCCAGGCCCUUCAAGCCGGUUUCAGGUCAAGAGUCAGCCGAGGAACAAGAGGCCUGUUACAUACACCCGCUGGCUCAGGAAGAGCCUCCUCCGUCACUUCCGACCGCUGCGGUCUUCUGACUUACCAGACUCGCCACUCACCUCCCCCCCAAUAAAAAGAGUGCCUUAGGAUCUCCCAAUGGGGCGUCUUGGCUCUGGGCUCACGUUCCCCGUGAGCUUCCUGGUCCUGGCGUGGGCGGCAGGCUCCGGGAGUGUGCAGGUCCUGCGUCGGCCCACCUGCUUCUCCGACUACAUCAGCACCUCCACCUGCCAGUGGAGGGUGGACCGCCCCGCCAACUGCAGCACUGAGCUCCGCCUCACCUACCAGCUGGAUUUCCCGAAUUCUGAAAACCACACGUGCAUCCCUGAGAACAUAGAAAGCACACUGUGCCUGUGCGAUAUGCUGAUGGAAGACAUGGUCAAAUCGGACACCUAUCAGCUGGACCUGUGGGCUGGGAAGCAGCUGCUGUGGAGUGGCUCCUUCCAGCCCGGCGAGCACGUGAAGCCCAGGGCCCCUGUGAACCUCACAGUCGAAGCCGUCGUCCCCCGCCUGUGGCAGCUGUGCUGGGACAACCCGUACCCUCCGGAGAGUUACCUGCACCGCGAGCUCUCCUACCAGGUCAUCGUUUCAGAUGAAGAAGACCCAGCGUCGUACACAGUCCAUAAUGUGACCUACAGGGAGCCCACCCUCCACCUCCCAGCCAGCACCCUAAAGCCUGGGGCUUCCUACCGCGCGCAGGUGAGGGCCUGGGCCCAGAGAUACAACAGCACCUGGAGUGAGUGGAGCCCCAGCGUCACGUGGCUUAACCACUACACAUCCUGGGAGCAGCACCUGCCGCUUGGCGUCCUCAUCGCCUGCAUGGUCAUUCUGGUCAUCUGCGUGUCCUGCUAUUUCAGCAUCAUCAAGAUUAAGAGAGAAUGGUGGGACCAAAUCCCCAACCCAGCCCACAGCCCCCUCGUGACCAUCGUCAUCCAGGAGCCUCAGGUGUCACCGUGGGGGAAGAAACCUGGAGGCCAGGAGCCAGCCAAGCGCCCACACUGGAAGACUUGUCUUACUAAGCUCCUGCCCUGUUUACUGGAGCAUGACACAGAAAGGGAUGACAGUUUCUUCAAGGCUGCCAGAAAGGGGCCUUCCCAGGGGCCUGGAAGAUCACCGCGGUGCCCUGGGCCAGUCAGCACGACGAUCCUCUCGCCGGAGAGCGUCAGCGUGGUGAAGUGUGUGGAGCUGCUAGAGGCCCCGGUGGAGAGUGAGGAGGAGGAGGAGGUGGAGCAAGAUAAAGGGAGCUUCUGCCCGUCUCCUGAGAGUGGCAGCUUCCAGGACAGCAGGGAGGGCAUCGCGGCCCGGCUGACAGAGAGCCUGUUCCUGGACCUUCUCGGGGCUGAGAAUGGGGGCCUUUGCCCGCAGGGCCUGGGGGAGUCCUGCUGUCGUCCACCUUCAGAAGGCGGGAGUGCUCAGAGACCUUGGGCUGAGUUACAGAGUGAGGAGAGCGAGGAGAGCGAGAACGAGGAGCCUUUCUGCCCGGAGUCAGCCCCUCGGAUGCAGAGCCCCGCCCACCUGGCUUUCCCAGAGGCACCCGCAGUCGUAGCCGACAACCCCUCUUACCGCAGCUUCAGCGACUUCCUGAGCCAGUCCUCAGGUGCAGGAGAGCUUGCCUCAGAUGCACAGCUGUCUGAACACCUGGGGGGAGGGGACCCCAACAUCCUCUCUGCUCCCCAGCCCUCCGAGCUGCCCGCUGCACUCCAGCCUGAGCCAGAAACCUGGGAGCAGGUCCUCCGCCGGAGCGUCCUGCAGCACAGGGCAGCCGCAGCCCCCGCCACGGCCGCCCCCAGUGGCUAUCGGGAGUUUGUGUGCGCGGUGCAGCAGGGCAGCGCCCUGGGCGGUGGGUCGUCCGGUUGUGGCCCUUCCGGAGCAGCUGGGUACAAGGCCUUCUCCAGCCUGCUCACCCACGGUGCCACCUGCCCAGGCACACCUGGAGUUGAGGCCAGCAGUGGGGAGGGGUGCUACAGGCCCUGCCAGAGCCUCACUUCUGGCCACCCAGGGGUUCCUGCCCCUGAACCCCUGUUCACCUUUGGCCUGGACAUGGAGCCGCCUCACAGCUCUCAGGACUCACUCCUCCCAAGCAGCCGCCCCAAGAGCCCCAGUCUGGAGCCAGUGGCAAAGGGGGAGGACCACCAGAAGGCCCUGCUCUCCCUGGAGCUGACCACAGACCCCCUCGGGGACGACCUGGGCAGUGGCAUUGUCUACUCAGCCGUUACCUGCCACCUCUGCGGCCACCUGAAGUGGUGUGACAGCCAGGAGGAGCAUGGCCAGGCCCAUGUUGUGUCCAGCCCCUGCUGUGGCUGCCACUGUGAAGACAGGUCCGAGCCCCCAACGAGCCCUCUGAGGGGCCCAGACCCCCUGCCAGGUGGGGUUCCCCUGGAGGGCAAGUCCUCCCCGUCCUUCCCGCCUGGCCCCAGCAAUGCUCAGAGCCCCAGCCGGAGCCUCCAAGUGGCGGCCACGCCCUCUGCAGGGCCCGUGUGCACGAGUGCAUCCUAGGCGAGGGCCCCCUGGUUGCUGCGAGCCCCUCGCCUGCGCCUGUGAACGCCUUCCCGCAAGGCAGCCCGGCCGGCAGGUUGCCGAGACUCGGAGGAGCCACUUGCCACCUCAUCGGUCCACAGCUUCUCCAGCGUACCCUCCCCAUCAUGUCCCCGCAAGGCAUGUUUUGUCCACCUAGGCCCUCACAGCCCUUGUCUUGCCCAGUCCUGGGACCAGCUGCUGCCAUGUCACUGGCCUAGAUGCCAAGCCUAGAAAGUAACCUGGCCAGCAGGGGGGGCUUUGGGAGGCCUGGGCAACAGAUGGGAGAGUGAGGCCCUGGGAAGGUGGUUAUUUGCCCAGAGGUGCCAUUCAUUGGACGGAGCUUCAUCAGGUUGACACUGGAGCCAGGAUCUGGACCGUGGGGGCUGCUCAGUCAGGGCAACAGAGGCCCAUGAAAAGGAGUGAUUACCACGCGGUGAGUUUGCUGCCAGAGCCCUACACAGCUGUAAGGCUGGGCUCCUGUUAAGCGUGGCAUCCCCAGAAUAAACACACCCAGCUCCCUUGGGGCCGGUCUGCGCCCCCACGGACACCAUUGCUGGCAGCCACAGAGGCCAGAGGGAGAGCCUCGUGCCUGUGACCUGGCUGAGCUGGGCGUUCCAGACACUGACAUCGGGCACCUCCAUCCUGCACGCUGGCUCAGACCUGGGGUUCAGUAAUGCUUGUGUGUGUGCAUCUCAAAGAUGGUUGAGACCUGGGUUUGUAUUUGCUGAGGAGGGCGGGGUGGGAGGGGCGGCGUUUUCUAU